AUGAGAACCUCCCUGCUUCCGGCUCUUGCUGCUGUCAGCCCUGUGCUGGCGGGGUUCGACACCUGGGCGCCCCCGGGACCGUAUGAUGUGCGAGGCCCAUGUCCCAUGCUUAACACCCUGACCAACCACGGUUUCUUCCCUCACGAUGGCCAAGACAUCGACCGGGAGACCACCGAGAACGCCCUGUUCGACGCUCUCCACGUCAACAAGACCUUGGCCAGCUUCCUCCGCGCGGAUGCCUACCACGGAAGCGUCCUCGCCUUCAACCACACCAUCUUCGAGGAGACCAAGUCCUACUGGACCGAUGAGACCGUCACCCUCAAGAUGGCCGCCGAUGCGAGAUAUUAUCGCAUCAAGUCUUCGCAAGCCACCAACCCGACCUACCAAAUGUCGGAACUCGGCGAUGCCUUCACCUACGGCGAGUCGGCUGCCUAUGUUGUGCUCUUCGGCGACAAGGAGUCCCAGACUGUCCCCAGGAGCUGGGUUGAAUGGCUCUUUGAGAAGGAGCAACUCCCUCAGCACCUUGGGUGGAAGCGUCCGGCCACGUCGUUUGAGUUGAACGAUCUGGACAAGUUCAUGGCCCUGAUCCAAAACUACACCCAGGAGAUCGAGGAACCUUCCUGCGAGUCUCGGAAGCAGCGCCGCAAGCCCCGCGGCCCUUCUCACUUUGGCUUCUAA